AUUAUGAUUAUGAAAUACCUGUAAUUGAUUACAUUUUGGAUUUUGUUCUCGCAUUUUUGAUUGGAGUUGAUGUUGAAGUUUUGUUUGAUGAUUUUUAUUGACUUAUGUAUAUAUACAUAUGUCCCAUAUGAUGAGAAUGAACAAUGUUAUCUUUCAGUGCACAGUAACCUUGAAUUGCAUAAAGAGGAAUCGUUCUGCUUUCUGUUUAGAUGAGAUUCUUUGUUUCAAAGAGAGUCGAGGGUUAAUUGUUGAGAGAUAACUAAGUGUUUUUCCCCCUGAGGUAGAAUUUCAACUCAAUCUUUUAAUGGAUGGCUAAGGGACACAUGAAGCUUGGAAAUAAAUGAUAAUUGACCAUUGGGCGGCACAGCUUGUUAGCUUUCAGGUGAAUAAAUGGACAGUGCCCAUUAAAACAAUAGUUGUUAAUAGCCUUCUGAAAAGACGUUGUGGACUUUCAUUGCAACCUAGGAACCGCCAAUCUUUUUGAGGUGGAUUUGUGAGGGCUGGUGUUUUACUAGUGUUUCAUGUAAAUGAAGUAGUUGUAGGCUCAUCCAGUGACCUUGCUUUAUGAUUGGGGAAUAUGUUGUUCCAUUAACUUUAUGACAUUCUAUAACAUCACAAAGGCGGAAAUUUGGAUUCAUUUGUAAUAAAACUUGUCAAGAUUGAAUUUAUGAUACUGUGAUGCCAAAAAACAAAGCUAAUUUGGCUGAAAUGAGGUGAUGAGGCCGGGAGAUCAGGAGAUCAAUAUAAUUGGAUAAUGGACCAAUCAUAAAACUCUACGCUUACUUCAAAAAUGGAUUAUUACCGAUUUUUCACUGGCAUCUGAGGAUAAAUAUAGAACACAGGCAGUUCAUUAUCCUGCUAGAAAAGAGAAGGAAAGGGAACGUGAGGACCGAAUACGCCAGGCCCAGCAGAAACUUGCUGAGGAACGGCAACGGAAAAUUGACGAGAUGCGGGAACAGCAGCGACUUGCGCAGGAAAAUCGGGAAAAGCAGUUGGACGCUCGUAGGAGGAAAAUCGAGGAUUUAAAGAGACGGGAAGAGGAACGGAGGAAACAGGUGGAGGAUAGACGAAGGUUGCAGGAGGAGACGGAUAGGGUGAAGAAGGAGGCUAUUCUGAGCAAAGCGAAGGAGCGGUUAACACGUUAUGAGCAGUGGAAGACACAUGGUCGCAAAGGUGGGCGUCGGACAGUCCUUGGCUUUGGAAGCCGGACGCCGCGUGAAGUGUGCUUCACUUUAGACGCCAGGCGCUCCUCCUCCCAGAGCACGCUUAGACGCUCUCCUAACAACUACGAUUUUGAAUCCUAUUUUAACCGCCGUGCGGUGUCGGCAAGCAGUGUAGUACGCCGGCACUGUUGCAUAGAUAUUAACAAACUUACACAGGGGAUUGCGUCCGCCCCACCCACUAGGCACAAAAGCUCCGUGAAUCUCACAUCUGGCGUGAAAAUGCGAGAUCCAAGUAAAACAUCACCACGGAAACCACGGCCAUCAAGUGUGGCCACAUCAAUGCCCAGCUUUGUGAGAGUGGAGACGGAUACCCCAAAAUCGUCCAGAAGUAAAAGUACAGAUAGGGGCCCUAGAGACGGCAGCAAGAGUCGUGGGGUCCCCAGGAAGGAAGAGGACAAGUUUGAUGGAAAGGAGAGGAAGGCUGCAACAUUGCCGCGUCCAUAUGAUAGGAAGAAGAUCGAAGAACGGAGACAGGAAGUGAAGAAGAAGCAGGAGGAACGGAAGGAACUGGCGCGCGAGAAGGAACGUAUGACCAAGUCUGAGGUUCACGAGGAGAGCAAGGACAUGGGCAAGCCUCCACCAAGACUGUCACGCUCCUUCAUCGAGCGUAUGGCCGUUCCCAAGCACCCUUCACAUCCUUCACCUGACAAGAAGGAGCCAGUCAAGGAGUCCACACCUGUCAAGGUAGCUCGAAGGUCAGGCCCUAUCACGGCCCCCGUGGCCACUAAACCUCAGGCAAAAACACCAGUUAGGGAGAAGCAGAAGGCAGGGGUGAAGGACUCUCCAGCCAAGGCGAAGGUGGAGGUGCGAGUGAGGGAUAGUUCCGAGGAUACGUCUGAGACGUCGUCCAGCCCCGCCCCCUCUGGCACGCCUCCCGCUCGUGCCACACCAACCAUACAGGUGGACGAGGUCACAGAGGUGAAGGUAGAGACAGAGGCCCCAACUGAGGAGAGGCCCAAAACUGAGAGCCCAGUUGAGGAGCUUACUCCAGCAGAAGGCCGUGCUACCCCAGAGCCCUCUUCAGAAGUCAAGGUUGAGCCCAAGCCAUCCUCAGUGGAAGCCCGACCUUCACCUAAGCCUGAUGCUAAGGCUGAAGCUAAGCCAAAGACUGACAAGGAGAGAGAGAUGGAAGAGUACAAGGCUAAGCUGGCAGAGAGAAGGAGACUGGCUCGGGAGAAGGCAGAACGAGAGGCCGAGAUUGAACGACUCAAGCAGGAGGAACUAGAGCGUCAAGAAGAAGAGCGUCAGCAGCUUGAGGAAGAGCGACAGAGGAGAGAUGAGGAGGAGUCAUUGAGGCUGGCCGCGGAGGCGAGACAGCUGGAGGAGGAGCGCCUGAGAAAAGCCAUAGAGGCGGAGGACAAGAGGAAGGCAGAGGAGGCAGAGCGAGCAGAUCAGGAGAGACAGGCGAAAGAGGAUGCGGAGCGUAAGUCCCGUGAGGAGGCUGAACGUCACGAGAAGGAAAUGGCGGAGCGGGCAAAGAGGGAAGAGGAGGAGAGGAAUGAGCGCAGAAAGAGGCUUGAGAUGAUCAUGAAGCGAGUGAAGACCGACUCCACCCCCACAUCCACACCGGAGAAGGCCAGGACCGACUCCCCAACAAGGGUGAUCACAGGAUCUUCAAGCCGUACAAGCCUCGUCUCCUCUGAGGAUGAAAGGUCGGCCGACGAUUUGGACAAGGACGAUGGGCUCCUUAAACCUGAAGAGAAAUCAGACGAUACCCCAAAAUUCAAGUCCCCUCUUUUGCAGAAACUUACAGAUAAAAGCGGAGAUUCCAGCACACCCAAAUUCAAAUCUCCUUUACUCCAGAGCAUUAUGGGUAAAACUAAAAUAGGAGCUCGUCUAUCUGGAACAAAGUUAGAUGAAAUGGUUAAAAGUACUGAUAGUUUAAGUGAAUCUAAGAGUACAGAAUACUUGUCAGAGAAAGAGUUCGCAGAGAAAGAUCAAGAUGAUCUAGAAAAAGAUGAAGACACGAGUGAGAAGGAUAUUGUCACUAACGGUGUGCAUGAAACAGAAAUAUGUGAUAGUGGGGACAGAAUCCUGGAAGACAUAGGUUCGGUCACACGCUCAGAUGUUAUAUCUCAAGACUCUGUUGUGAUAAGUGAGGAAGAGGACAAUGAGGAACCGAAACCUCUCAUUUGUGACAGUAUGACAACUAGUGUUCUGAUGAAAGGCGGAAUUACAGACUCUCAGUUGUUGAUAGGGUCGACCGCUGAUAGUGCUGUGUCAAUGUCCUUUACCACAAACGGGGUGACCACCUCACAAAAUGGGGACUUACAUCAAGAGCAUACAGAUUUUAUAUCUUCAAAGGAUUUCGUGGAUUCAAGUAUCAGUGUACGGACUGUAGAUUCUCCGGAGAGCCCUGAACAAGGCGGGUCACGUAUUGGCGUCACAUUGGUAGACACCCAGAUUACCCCACCCACCCCUGACAGCUCUCCUUUUGAGGAGAUUAUAGACCUUUCUGGCCUCCCUGCCAAGCCAGUGAAGAGCGCCGGCCCACUUGGAGACAGUAUAGUAACGCUCCAUGAGGAAGGAAGCAGUGUGAACAAUUUUGAUGGUGUUGAUAAUGGACAUGUGUCAGUUUCUGGGGACACAACUGUUCCUCUGAACAAACCUUUCAUUGCAUUCGAGGAGAAUGCAACAAGACAGGAUGUCCCAGACCUCCUGUCAUGAAGAUACAACAGACGUUAACGCAUCCAUGGUUACUGCAGAUCUUUCAUCCAAUCAGCACACAGAUUCCGUUGUCAUGGACAACAAACAAGACGCAAUAGGCGCGUCUCAACAUUCACCAUUACUUAAUGAUUUCCACAAGCACGGAAACAUAAACUUUAAAUAUGUCUCUGUGGGAAAUCAAUUAAAUUUAAAAACAACCAGACAAAAUAAUGGUGUCAAUGUUAAUGGACCCAGUCGACUGAAGUAUGACACCUUGAGUCAGAAAUUUGGGGAGGAAGACGCAGAAAUGGAGGAGAGGGUUGUCUCCCUUUGGCACGAUGCGGAGGGAAUUAUGGGACAGAAGUUUGAUGAGACUUGUAAAGUUCUGGAGGUUUAUGGGAUAGGUGAGAGUGAACAGGAUAGUGAUACCGAGGAGGGACAACUGUGGAGGAUGAUUCAGGGAGAUGCACCUUACACGCUUAACCUUGUAUGACAUAGGUUUAUCUAGUUUAUAAAAAGGAGCAUGACUAUUAUGUUAAUUAUAAAAUGAAGCAAAAAUCUUCUACCUGUGUCGGUGUAAAAGAGACAAGGAAGUUUUAUUUGUUCUGUUUUUUUUGUAACAUUACGUGUCCAAUAUUACCUCUGAGGCAAUAGAGCAAAACAAAUUAUUGUACCUCUUUCUGAAAAUUGAAAUGGAACAUUUGCUUGAUUUUAAGAGUUUUAAGCUACCCAGUAAUUUCAAGUAACGAUUUUUUUAUAUCCAGUUUAUAACAAUUAACACUGUUAUGUGCCAGUAGAAUGGAAUGAAAUGUUUUCAUUGUUUUAUAGAGGUGUCAAAUGUCUGGUGAAAGGCAGCGUAACCCAUUAUUUAACCGUGUGCAAUAACUUGUUGAGUGGAAUUGUUACGUUUAUACUUUUGAUACUUAAGUGGUUUUGUUUAAGAAUUUUUUUGUAAUAUGGCAGUAGGCUUUUUUUUGUGCAUUUAUGAAUGUGAAUUAAUUCCCAAAUUUUUUGGUGCUCAUAUUGCUAACUAAUUGGUAACCAUCAUCACAAGGGUAAAACAAUGUCAGGGUGCUCUCCCUUGAAUCACAGUUGCUUCCCUUUUAGAAUGUGUCAAAAUUACCUCCCCUAGAUAAUGUUGUGUUCGAUUUAUAUUCUGUGAUCUUCUGAGUGAUAUAUAGAGGUUUCUUGGUGAAAUCUUACUGGUUGUUUUACUCGAACUUUGUGCUGAUCUGCCAUUGUUGUCAUUGUUGAAUGUCUGAAAUAUUUGUUUGCUGUGCUGGUGUGAGAAAGAAAAAUAUCGAUUAGAUUUUAACCUAUAUUUCCAGCAAAUGAAAAGGUCUAUUGCACGGUACUGAAAACCUGUGUACCAUUAAAUUUGCAUUCUUUAGACAUGGUGUCACAAUUAGACUGCCAGCCAGCUGAAAACAUUUAUAGAAGUUGAAAUCAUGUUCUUCCUUUUCUUUUAAAGGCCUGGAUAUGGACUCGUCUUAAAUUACCACAUCAUAGAACUGAGCAGCUAUUUCAGACAUACAACAGUGACUUGUAUUUGUUGUAGUUUUAUAUUUUGUCUUGUUACUGGUCAAGGAAUUAUUGAGUGUUUUGUUAUAAAUGUGUAAAUUAUUGUUUGAGAGAUAGAGAGGUAACAAAUAGGCAUUGUAACCCUUGACAGUUUCAUGAUUGCUGCUCAAGACAUCAUGAAAUGUGUUUACUUUAAGGAACUAAAUUAAUGAAUUACCAUACACAAAUUAAGAUUUUUAUAUGCAUUUUUUUUUUAACAGAUUAUUUGACAAAAUAGUUUGAUACAAAGGAUUUUAAAAUAUUUUAUUCCAUUUAACGGCAAUGUAAUGCAGAGUUUUGUAAUGCUAUGAAUAUAGAUGCUCAAAGUUUCAUUAUUUUGUCACUUGAUUGUUUUUUUCGUCAAUAUUUCGGCUCAGAAUUUAUGUAUGGGUCCAUUAAAAGAUUGCUUAAUUUUUGGAUGAAAGAAUUACUGUUAUUGUUAUCAAAGACUUAUGUUAACGGUUUAAGGCGUUGGAUUUGAUGAACUAAUUAAGUCGUCUUGGUAACAGGUGAUUCAGUUGCAGUAUUUUCGAUGAAAAUAAUCAUUUCAAGUUUGUCUGGAUCUUUCCUCCUAAGUUUGGUUAGUUUUGGGCUUGCUGGCUGGUAACCAGACUGUUUCGUUGUCAACCUUUUCUCAGUCUUCUAGUAAUUAAAGCGUUAAGUUUUCUUUUAUCUUCUCUUUGUGGUGGUAGACUUUAUAAAAUUUGGAACACAUGAACCUUAUUGAAUCAAAAGAAAUCUUAUUAUUUACUCCUCAUUGAUCAAGUUUUUCUUCCUUUUGCCAUUUCUGUUGAUAAAUCUAUAGUAUCCAUCCCAUUUUUGUUGUAGAUUUCCUGACAUAUCAGGGGUGUGAUUUGUCCAUGGAUUCGCGGAAAGGUUUCAGCCCUCCAGCUGCCAGGUCUAUCACAUCCCUGUAUAUUCUUUUGUAGGCUUUUUUCUGUUGCCCUGUUGACAUAUUUCGUACAAGGAGGAAAGACUGUGCAGGCAAACUUUGUAUUUAUUAUUAUUGAAUUGUUAAAUUCAAAACAUGUUUGUAGAAUGGAGCUGGAACUUCAUUAUGGGGAAGUAAAGAUUAAUCAAAUGUUAAAAACCUCCAUGCAAAACAACUUGGCUGCAAAGCUGAUAAAAAUUGGUAGCAAAUUGGUUUAAAAACUCAACAGAGCUUCUGUUUUAUGUUAUAUAUGUAUUGCCAACUUGAAAUAAAUAUGAUUUUAUUUUAAAUCAGAUCUUAAAGGCAUACAACUAUUUUUUCUGUGAGUCUAACAUAUAUGUUUAUAUGUAAAAAUGGUUUAAUAUUUCACACAAGUUCCGAUGAGUUAACAACUUCAUAAUAGGAAGAUUUUUGUCCACCUUAGUGAUAAAGUGAGGCAGCUUUUAUUCUGGAAAGUUUGUCCUACACUUGUAAUAUUUUCAUUUUUUUUAUCUAUAUUCAAAGAUUCACAGAAAGUUUAAUAAAUUUUACCAAGACUCUGAUCCUAUUUACAUAUUUAACAGGUGUUCCCAGGCUGUGUCAAGACUUUGUCAUAAUCUGUCACAUUCCUGUAUAAAUUACUUUGUAACCUUAAACCUACAACAUGUAGAUACAAUGGAAUAUUAAUAUAUAAUGUAUAUUCAAUUUAUUAAGUAGAUUGAGAAUUUUUACUAUUAUAAUAUUUGUCAAUGUUGUGCUUUUUACAGGAGGUAAAAUUGUAUAAGAUAUACAUGGAUGUGCUUUACAGAGCACCAAUUAAAAGUGCUUUUGAUAGUACUAUGAAAUAAUACAAGUGUGAUUAUGUUAUUGAUGCACAUUGUGACUUUGCGAUAUAUGUAUACCUAUUGUUUCAGUAAAGUGGAAUAAUACACUG